GUAAAAUCGACUCUAUACACAUUCUUCUUUAAGCUUUAAGCUUCUACGAUCCCCACAAAAAUGGCUCACCAUUACAACCUAUCCUUCCUCUUACUACUUGCAUUUCUCAAUUUAUGCUUCAUGAAUGGCCACAUAACUGGUGCAACUGCACGUCGUCUUCUAGAGAUGCCUCUCCCUGAGAUUCCUAAACCUGAACUGCCAAAAGCUCCGGCCUUGCCGAAGCCUGAGCUUCCAACCUUACCAAAGCCUGAGAUCCCUACCGUUCCAAAGCCUGAGAUUCCUAUUAUGCCAAAACCUGAAGUACCAGCUGUGCCAAAGCCCGAGCUACCAGUUGCCCCAAAGCCCGAAUUACCGAUUGUGCCAAAGCCUGAAAUUCCAGCUGUGCCAAAACCCGAGCUUCCUGCUAUGCCAAAACCUGAGAUUCCAACAAUGCCAAAACCCGAGCUUCCUCCCUUGAAAAAGCCAGAAAUUCCAGCAGUGCCAAAAACUGAGGUUCCUCCAACUAUGAAAAAGACUGAAGUUCCAGCUGUGCCAAAGCCUGAGAUCCCGACUAUGCCAAAGCCCGAAAUCCCAGAACUACCAAAGUCAAAAGUCCCAGAGCUUCCAAAGCCAGAAGUCCCAGCUGUGCCAAAGCCAGAAAUCCCAGAACUUCCAAAGCCAGAAGUCCCAGAGCUUCCAAAGCUAGAAGUCCCAGUUGUGCCAAAGCCUGAGAUCCCGGCUAUGCCAAAGCCAGAAUUACCAAAGCAAAAAGUCCCAGAGCUUCCAAAGCUAGAAGUCCCGGCUGUGCCAAAGCCUGAGAUCCCGGCUAUGCCAAAGCCAGAAAUCCCAGCACAACCAAAGCCAAAAGUCCCAGCCAUGCCAAAGCCUGAAAUCCCAAAACUGCCUAAACCAACUUUUCCUUCACUUUCUCCACCACAUAAACCCGCUACUCCUUGAGUAAAUUAGAAGUUACUAUCUCUCCAUCAAAGUACCCAACUGAUGUUUUGAGUUUUUCAUGAAGUUUGCGGCAUGGGCCAUGACAUGGAGAUCGUAUUGGAUACUUUCUGCUGGGAGUAGAAAUCGUAAUUCUUUCAUAAUAUUUGAGUUGGAUGUACCAUGUUUGUCGUAUCAUUAUAUUAUAUGAGUGUUUUAUGUACUUUCUAUUCAGUGUAAUAAAGCUAUGAUCUAUUUACUUUGGUUUAGUUCCUAUCA